AUGAAAACCUUCGCUCUUUCUUUCCUCCUAGGCCUCGCCAGCCUCGCCACGGCUCGCACUGACCUGCAAGGCUGCGUCUCGUCGGAAGUCAUAGUCGAGCAAUACUACGCCAGUUACAUCUGGUACGUCCCUGGCACCGGCGAGAUCUGCUCGUUCCUCGACUGCGGCGGUGGUCGUGCGCCGCCAAAGACCAACCAACCGGGAUGUCCACUAUACAGCGGAACCGCAACGCUUACUCCCGACUACCUGGCGGGCUGGGGACCCAAUGGCAAACAGGCUGCCUCUACAAGCACCGUGGCGUCGACUUCUUCGGCGACUGCCGCGUCGACUACUGAUGUUGUGCUCGCUUCUGCCACGCAGACUUCUGAGGCGUCGGUGUCGGACUCCACUCAAGCUGCCGAUAGCAUGAUCACGGCUGCUCCUUCUUCUCUCACCGCGGUCGCUUCUUCGUUGAAGAUUUCCACCUCGUCGGCCUUAUCCACUGGUAACGCUACCUCUUCUGCUGCUGCGGCGACCAGCUCACCCGCUUUCAAUGCUGCCACUAUCCCCGCCUCUAAUGUCGCCGGUAUCAUGGCCGUGCUUGCCGCUAUGGUCGGGGUUAUGGUGCUGUAA